AUGUCAGAUAAAAUUAUUCCACAUUAUUUACGUGAUAUUGAUGAUAACUCAAAUGGUCGUGAACAGUAUCAACAACAACAACAUAUACAAAAAUUAACCAAGGCUGAAGAAAAUUUUCACUUACGACAACAAUAUCCACAAUUUGCUGUACCACCAUCUAUGUACAAAAUUGUCCGUGGCAAAUUAACAGAUCGUUAUUUGACUGAACAACAUCAGUAUGCCAUAAUCAAAGUUGUUCGGCCAAUAUUAUCGAAAUUACAGGACAGACAAAUGGAUGUAGAUCAUCCUCCAACAACAACUGCAGAAGUUCCUACUACAGCUCAAUCAGAAGAGCUUUAUGAAAUGCUCAAUAUUUUGGCAGGCAGCAUUGAAACAUUGAACAAUGAUGGACAAUGUCUAAGCAAUGAAUCACUUCAAAUGCAAAUUAAAAUUCCAACAUUGAUAGAAGAAGUAUCGAAAAUUAAAUUAUCUGUUGAAGAAUCAAAUACAUUUUUGGAAGGUGUAAAAUAUAAUGGAGACAUACUCAAUCAAGAGUUAACAUCAUUGCAAGAAAAACUCAAUGAUUUGCAACAUGUUUCAUAUGAUGGAACAUUUGUUUGGAAAAUUACAAACUUUAAAGAGAAAAUGAUUGAUGCACAGUCGGAAAGACAAACAUCCAUUUAUUCGCCGCCAUUUUAUUCAUCUCCAAAUGGCUAUAGAAUGAGAGCUCGUCUUUAUUUAAAUGGUGAUGGUAAUGCUCGUCGUACACAUAUGUCACUCUUUUUCGUGCUCAUGCGAGGUUUGAAUGAUUCGAUUGUCAAAUUUCCAUUUAACUAUAAAGUCAUAUUUUGUUUGUACGACCAAACGCCUGAAAAACGACAUAUUAUCGAUUCAUUUCGACCAGACAUUAAAUCGAAUAGUUUUCAACGACCUCGAUCGGAUAUGAAUAUAGCCAGUGGUAUACCAAAGUUUUUCCCAUUGUUGAUGAUUCAACAAGAAGGAAAUCCAUAUGUACGAGAUGACACAAUGUUUAUCAAAAUUAUGGUAGAUUUUCAAGAAAUACAAAAAACAUUAUUGCCCUAUAUGUUGAGUCUCAAUCCGGGCCUACCAGCACAUGUUCAACAAGCAAUGAUCAAGCAAGAAGCUGAACGAAGAAUACAAUUACGACCUGACGAGCAAGAAUAG